ACUGAGUGCAGAAAAAGAGGGGGUGUUGAGGAGGAGGAGGAGAGAGUCUGAAAGAAUCAACUUAAGACGGUGAGAACUGUAGAGUUUGCGAGCACACGGUGAGAGCAGACAGACUGGAAACAAGUUUAAGACUUGAACUAUCCAUCAGCGUCAAACAGAGAUGACGUCACUGUGCAAGAACCAAGCGGUGCUUCUUCUUUUUCUGAUUUCCUCACCACUCCUCCACUCCCACCUCUUCACUCAUGCGGCGUCCACUUCCCCACCCAUCACUCGCCCACGAAUCCUAUUCAUGACUGGCUUGGGCUCGGAUGAUGACUAUUCCGAUGAUUACCUUGACGACCACAGCUCUCCUCCUGAAGUGCCGUCCCCUGUUAGGAUUCCUGUUCUCAACCGGGAAGCUCGGCUCUGCCCGUACAAUCCCUGUUUGGAGAAUCAGGAGCCCUGCGCCAAUCUUGCAGUGCAGAGUGGAUGCCUCUGUCCUGGGCUCAGUGGGGCUGAUCAGCCUCCUCACGCCCCUCGCAUCCAAGCACUGCUGCCAAUUAGUGAAGGGGAUGACAGGGGGAAGGUAGAGGUCCAGUGGUGUGCUCCAUCCUCUGUGGUGUCUGGGUACAGAGUGGUGGUUGAGGGAACUGAUGGUGAUGCUUUGGAGUUUGGAGAUGCUCUGCGACGAGGUUCGCUCGCAUCUUUGGAAGUUGGGACCAAGGUGUGUGUGGUGGCGGUGAACAAUGCAGGACACAGCAGCCCCUCAGAGUUCUCUUGUAAUCGGUAUGACCCUCCUGAGUCUUCUGAACAUAACGUUUUUGCCUGGGUCAUAAGUGGAGGAGUCGCCCUCCUUCUACUUGUCGUCAUAACCUCUUUGAUAUUAUGGAAGCAAAACAUGUGUCAAAGGGGCAAGAGAGACUCCACUGAUGGACUUGGGAACCCUUCUUACAGCACAGAAGGAACUCUGUAAUCCAGAUUAGUGCAUGACGGACACACCAUUCCAGUUACAAGCCCCAAUAGAGGGCACAGCGGUGUGAUUAUGAACAAAAGCCAACAUGUUCUGGGGUGGUGCUGUGAUUCAUUAUGGAAUCACAAAAUUGUUUACACUUCUGUUUCAGGAGUGGAUAUGUGAACAUACUGGGAGAAAGGGGAGUGGUGUCUGUGGAAUAGUGUGCACAAUAACAAUUAAUAACAAUUGAUUGAAUUAUUUUUGUGGGUUAUAACUGCAGGUUUAUUUGCUGGCAAAUAACUGUAGACUUAUUGUAGUGAUUGUAAAUAUUAUUUUUUUAGGAUAUAGCUACUGAUUAAAAACCUUUGUAAUGAACUAAAACUUAUUUUAAUAAAAAAAAACUGUUUAAAAUGUG